GUCACCAAUGUAUUGCUUGUACCGCUGCUACUUGCUGCCAUCUUCGCUAUCAUGAAGUCCAAAGGUGCGGGAUAUUACCACUGGCCAGUUGUCGGAAAAGUUAUCGAAGCAUUUCUUCCGUUCGGCAUUGGCCGUCCGUCGUCGUCGUCGUCGUCGUCGUCGUCGUCGUCGUCGUCACCGAACCUGUCUGCAUCUCACGACACGGUACUCGAGGCGUCUCCGCAAGUCCAGUUCAGUUCCCCGUCGAAGUUGAUACCUCAAAAGGAAAAUAGGUCUUGCUAGUCUUGAAACUGCUUGUAGAAAUCCAGAUAUCCUCCUGACACUUCUGAACCACGAUCCCAGCCUAUCUCGACUGGAAUAUGGUGUCGUAUACUCAGCUCGUUGAUUUCUCCAGACUCCCCCGUCGGCGACCACGGCCGCGCCUCCAGCGUCCUUAUCUUAGGGACGUCCAUCACCCGCCAACCUUUCUUGACUCCUAUUCCGCACCACAAACACCACACCUCUCAACCAU